AUGGGGGGCGGGGCCGCUCAAUCUUCUGACCGCCACACUGUACGAGAUGGCAUCUGCCACGCCGGUGCAGGCGCCGCCGCUGGUGCUAUGGCGGCAACGUUCGUGUGCCCUUUGGAUGUCAUCAAGACUAGGCUACAGGUCCAUGGCAUGCCUCCGGGACAAAGAGGUAGUAUCAUUAUCACAAGCCUACAAAACAUAUUAAAAACUGAAGGUUUGAAGGGGAUGUAUCGUGGCCUUUCACCAACAAUUCUAGCGCUACUUCCAAACUGGGCAGUGUACUUCACAGUUUAUGAGCAACUCAAAGGCCUACUCCAGUCGCAUGUUGAUGGCAGCAGCGAACUUACAAUUGGUGCAAAUAUGAUAGCUGCUGCUGGUGCCGGGGCUGCCACAGCCAUUACAACAAAUCCAUUGUGGGUUGUUAAGACCAGACUUCAAACACAAGGAAUGAGGCCUGGUGUGAUUCCUUACAAAAGCAUGAGAUCUGCUUUCACAAGGAUUGCAACUGAGGAAGGCAUGCGAGGUCUAUAUAGUGGGAUCUUGCCUUCUUUGGCUGGGAUAAGUCAUGUUGCAAUUCAAUUUCCUGCGUAUGAAAAGAUAAAAUCUUUUAUGGCAAAAAGGGAUAAUACAACUGUUGAUAAGUUAAACCCUGGUAAUGUUGCCAUUGCCUCAUCGAUAUCCAAAGUAAUUGCUUCAGUAAUAACUUACCCUCACGAGGUCGUGCGCUCCAGGCUGCAAGAGCAAGGCCAGGCCAGACAUAUUGAAGCCCAGUAUGCAGGGGUUAUUGAUUGUACAAAGAAGGUGUUCCAAAAGGAAGGCCUUCGUGGAUUUUAUAAUGGUUGUGCCACUAAUUUAUUAAGAACCACUCCUUCUGCUGUUAUUACAUUUACCAGUUACGAGAUGAUAGAUAGGUUCUUGCGGAGGGUUGUACUUAAAGAAAAAGAGCAUUCAAAUGGCCGCCCUAAGCCUGAUGGCCGUGCUGAAUCUCGGCAGGGAAAUGGAGGCAACGAGAGAGUGGUGAAUAACUCUGAUUUGCGGCAAUCACAAUCCCAAACAAAUCAGAGGACACCGAUUCCUCUUGCAAACAAAGAGCAGCUUGCAGCAAGACACUGA